UUCAGGUCAUGGAAAAUGAGUACCUGUUGAAUCUACUAAAAGCAAUUAAAAAUACCUCUUCUCCGUUCACUGUUUCACCGGAAUCUGAAAGACAUCCCCAUCCUGUACAUGAUUUCUGUUUCCCGUCUCUCCUCUCAGCCUGAGACCUGGGACUCUGGCCUUGACACCUCUCACCCCACCCCUUUGUGACGCCCCUGGCCCCAGCCCAGCCUCAGGCGCGAUAGGCCAAACAGCCAGGCGCGCAAUGCACCCUCGCUCAGGGCUCAGAACGCCUGGGCCUGGCUCGGCUUCCCAGGACCCCUGGAGGCCAGCCCUGAAACCUCCAUCACCGACCAUGGCCAACCAGUCCUGCCGCCCGCUGCCCCCGCGCCUGUCGCCCCUGAAACCUUUGAAGCCAUAUUUUGGAAAAAUCCAGGUGGGAAUCUGUGUGGUGAUUGAGCGCAGCGACAAGAGGAUCCACCUGGCUGUGAUCACAGAGCUCAACAGAGAGAACUCCUCGGUUGCAGUAGAGUGGGUUGAGAAAGGAGUCAAAAAAGGUAAGAAGAUUAAUCUGGAGAACAUCCUGCUGCUGAAUCCAGCUCUGGCCUCUGCUCAACAUCCCAAGCUGCCCAAGCCAUUGCCCCCUUUGUGUCUAACACCUUCUCCAGCCAUCGGGGACCAGUGCGCAACCCCACUGUGGAUUGCUAUGGCCCCCCAAAAGAGUGUAACACCCUCAGAGGACAGCCCAGCCGUGGGAGUCCCCAGCCAUCCCUGUCUGAUGAGGCAGAGAAAAUCUCACUGCCUGCGGGAAAUCGAGAAACUGCAGAAGCAACGAGAAAAGCGCAGGCAGCUGCAGCUGCAGAUACGAGAGAGACGCGCACUCGACUUGAACACAGGACACCCCAACCUGGAGGUCAUGCGCAUGAUCGAAGAGUGUCGCAGGGGCCUGGACAGCAGCAAGGUCCCCUCCGUGCCUGGCCUGGAGCCGCCUGAACACCACCAGAUCUGCGUCUGCGUGAGGAAGAGGCCUCUCAGUGAGCAGGAGACCACCACGAAGGACCUGGACAUCAUCACUAUCCUCUCGGACAACGUGGUCAUGGUGCACGAGUCCAAGCAAAAGUUGGACCUCACUCGCUACCUGGAGAACCAGACUUUCCGUUUUGACCGUGCCUUUGACGACACGGCCUCCAACAAGUUAGUAUACCGGUUCACAGCCCAGCCGCUGGUGGAGUCCAUCUUCCACAAGGGCAUGGCUACCUGCUUUGCCUACGGGCAGACUGGCAGUGGAAAGACACACACCAUGGGUGGAGCCUUUUCAGAAAGGGCCCAAGAUUGUUCUAAAGGCAUCUAUGCCCUGGUGGCUCAGGAUAUCUUUCUUCUGCUCAAAAACCCCACUUAUGAGCAAUUGGAUCUCAAAGUCUAUGGGACCUUCUUUGAGAUUUAUGGUGGCAAAGUGUACGAUCUGUUGAACUGGAAGAAGAAACUGCAGAUCCUUGAGGAUGGCAAUCAGCAAAUCCAAGUGGUCGGGCUACGGGAGCAAGAGGUGCACUGUAUGGAGGAAAUGAUGAACCUCGUGGAGCUAGGUAACAGCUGCCGUACCUCUGGACAGACAUCGGUCAAUGCCCACUCAUCCCGGAGCCAUGCAGUGUUCCAGAUCAUCCUGAAGUCCAGAGGCAAAUUGCACGGCAAGUUUUCCCUCAUAGAUUUGGCUGGAAAUGAAAGGGGAGCGGAUACAGCCAAGGCCAACCGGAAGAGGCAGCUAGAAGGGGCAGAGAUCAAUAAGAGUCUCCUGGCCCUCAAAGAAUGUAUCAGGGCAUUGGGUCAGAAUAAACUUCACACCCCGUUCAGAGCCAGCAAACUCACACAAGUGCUCCGGGAUUCCUUCAUAGGCCAGAACUCCUCCACCUGUAUGAUCGCUGCGAUCUCACCAGGGAUGUCCUCUUGUGAAAACACCCUCAACACUUUAAGAUAUGCAAACAGAGUAAAAGAAUUGGCUCCAGAAGUCAGGCACUACCCGCGUUGCCUCUCGCGAAUUGGACAGGAGGCACCACAGAUUUUAGCAAAGCACAUGAAGAAUUCACCACUGCCCCUUCAGGGGAAUGAACUUAGGAAAAUACCUUGUAUUCAGAGUGAUGAGGAGAAACCAAGUGAAGAAAUUGCAAUAUUAUGCACCCCACUAAUGAAGGAUAGGACGUCCUGGAAGGAAUCAAGCCAAUGGUGGGAGAACAUCCGGGAGAUGGCUAAUGGAGUUAAAUGUGAUGUAGAGCAUUGCAUUGCCCACUCAUUGUAUAUUUUGGAGCAGAAAAUUGACGUUCUGAGUGAGAUCCAAAAGAAGCUGAAAUUAUUACGAGCUGAUCUGCAAAAAACCAAAGUAGAGUGAAACCAACAGCAAGAGACCAGGACUGAAAGGAUGGAAGGUACUGCAGGUUCUACCCCUCUUUAUAUGAGACAUUUUGCCCAAAUUGUCUAAGCAUAAAGAUCCUCCUGGAGAGCUUACAGCAUCUUAAAAUAUGCUGCUUGGGCUUAUGGUCUUUCUUCUUCCUCUGUAUUUCUGUAGUUUGCUUUUAUUCUGUAAGAUGUGGAUUCUCAACUGGGAACAAUACCCACCACACCCCCACUCCCCCACACUCGCACAUUGAACAAUUGCCAGUGUAUGGAAACAGUUGAUUACGAUACCUAGGGGAUGGGGAUGUCGGCACAGAGAACCACUGGUGCUGCUAAACAUCCUAUGUCAAGACAGCCUUCCUCAUUGAAUCUCUGUGCAUGUGUCUGGGUGAAAAUAUAAAUUGUACCAAGGCUGGGAAGCCCUGCUGCCCAAACAACCAGCUGUGAUAAAAUCAGAUACCCCACCUUGGCAGCUAGGAAUGCAAACUGCUGUGAAUUAAAGAGGCUAGAGGAGAAACACACCAAGGAGGUACUCAGUGGAGUAAAUUUCAUGAUACCCACUCAUGAAUUCUCUUGAAUGUUUUGUGUAGACACAAAUGGUUUCUAAGAUUCAGUCAUGCUGGGUACAGAGGAGAUGAGUGCAUUUCACUGAAUGAC